AUGGAUACAAAGGGGAAUUUAGCAAAUGACUGUGUGGGAACAUCAACGAUAGAAUAUGAUCCUAAUGACUACGCAAGGAUUAACAAAUUGGUUAGUGACGUGAUCUGUAAAGUACAAAAAUUCAAAUACACACACAACACAAACAUUCGACUAUGGACACGCGUAUUUUUAGUCUUGGCAUACUCUGUGUAUUUUGGAUACGCAAUCUUUUUGGAUUUCCACAAGAAUGUCGUUCUAUUAGGACUUACGGCUGGAUUUGUUGGGAUUUUUGUUCUGCAUAUUCUUCAUAGCCUAUUUUCGGGAUGUUUCAUUCGUUGGUGUCAUCGACUUCAAAAAAGGUUUCACGAAUGCAUUGGAUACACUCAACGUCGCAGAUUGAUAGUAUCUCUAAAAGUACUUACUGUAUUAGUGAUACUUGGCGUCACUUUCGUGGACGUCUGGCAAACACCCCUGAAGAUUGUGUCCUUAUUUGGAAUAAUGAUGAUUCUCGGAAUUGGAGUAUUGUUUUCACACAAUAAAGUCAUGAUAAGAUGGGACAUCGUUUACUCUGGUGUGCUGCUACAGUUUCUAAUCGGUUUGCUGUUACUCCGCUGGAAGACUGGCUCAGAUGCAAUGUCUGCGUUUUCUGGAGAAAUCACGCGUUUUCUCGCGUAUUCGAGAGCUGGACUAAUUGGUGUGUUUGGAGAGUCAUGGACGGAUCAUUUUAUUUUUCGCAUUGUUGGAACAGCCACAUUCUUUGCUGCUGUGAACGCUACAUUGUACCAUUUUGGUGUGAUGCAGGCAUGUAUUAAGGUGAUUGGUGGCCUCAUUGCAGCUGUUGUACCCGUCGUUCCGGCUGAGGCGUUUGUGGCUACCGCUAACAUAUUCCUAGGGACGACUGGUUCAGCGAUGACAGUGCUAUCCUUACUCGACGAUAUGACCAUUUCGGAGCUUCAUGUUGUACUGACGUGUGGACUGGCCUCCAUAUCUGGGGGAGGGAUGGCUAUGUUCAUCUCAAUUGGGGUCCCCGGAAGCAGUUUGAUUGGUGCAUCUAUGAUGUCUGCACCUGCGGCACUAGUAAUGUCCAAGCUUCUGCGACCAGAAACAAAAAGAUCACGUAUACAGGCAAUAAAGGAAAUAUGUUACUUCAAAGAAGAGGUACAAAAUUUGCUCCAUGCGAUUAUAAUUGCCGUUGGUCGCAUACCACGUUUGCUUGGUCAAAUCGUUGCAACCCUCAUAGGAUUCGUAGCCAUGCGCCAAUUCUUAAACGAGGCUAUGAAAUGGACGGGGGGCAGAAUUGGAAUCGAAGGUCUCAAUUUUGAGACAAUCUGUGCAUAUUUGUUCAGUCCGUUGGCGCUUAUGAUUGGAGUUGACGUUCCGGAUGUCGUCGAAGUUGGGAACAUCCUAGGCACGUCAACGAUCCUCAGUGGCCUGGUCGCGUUUGUGAAAAUAUCUGACUUAAUUAAAAAUCGCAUUGAGGGUAAAGAGCCCUAUCUUAGCCCUCGUUCUGAGAUUUUGGGAACCUACGCCAUUUGUAACAUGGCAAGUAUCACUGGUUUGGCAAUUAACAUAGCAACCGUGGGAUCUCUUGCACCCAGAAGGAAAGAGGACAUUUCAAAGAUUGCGCUUAGUUCGUUUGUGGCUGCAUGUCUUGCAUGUUUGAUGACUGCUUCCGUCGCAGGAGUGCUGUACCAAGAAUCCGACAUUUAAUUUAAGUAUUAACUAAUCUUUUGGAUACAAUAAAUAUUUCGCAAAAAGACCCCUGAGGAAUAACAGCAUUAAUGAACUCAAAAAGACGUAGAUUUUCAACAAUAGUCUCGAGAGUGAUGGCAACAUUAUACACACAUAGUUUGGCAUUAUAUAUCACUUUCUGAAAUUAGUAUACAUGUAUAUAAUCAUUCUUUAUAUUUUACAACGGAUGGAAAAUUCAUAAAUGAAUUA